CUUUAUAUCUUCCACUUAUUAUAGAGAGAGAGAGAUAGAGAGAGAAAGAGGGGUAGAGGACUCGAAAUCGAAAUCGAAAUCGAAAUCUAGGGUUUGGGAAGCAUGCCGAAGAAUAAGGGAAAGGGAGGAAAGAACCGAAAGAGAGGAAAGAACGAAGCAGACGAUGAGAAGAGAGAGCUGGUGUUCAAGGAGGACGGUCAAGAAUAUGCGCAGGUUUUACGCAUGCUCGGGAACGGUCGUUGCGAGGCCAUGUGCAUCGACGGCACCAAGCGACUCUGCCACAUCCGCGGCAAGAUGCACAAGAAGGUUUGGAUCGCCGCCGGUGACAUCAUCCUCGUCGGACUCCGUGACUAUCAGGAUGACAAGGCUGACGUCAUCCUCAAGUACAUGCCCGAUGAGGCCAGGCUCUUGAAGGCCUAUGGCGAGUUACCUGAUACCACCAGGCUCAACGAAGGUAUCGGUGGUGGUUUGGAUGAGGAAGAUGAUGCCACCGCCAAUGAUUACAUCGAGUUUGAGGAUGAGGAUAUUGAUAAGAUUUAACUGUUUUCUUCCCCUAUCUUAUUAUUAUACCUAUCUUCUUCUUUUGAAAAAAAAUUGUUAUAUGCUGCUGAAUUAUAUGUAAUAUUUGCAGCUCUCACUUGCGUCGCUUUCGUGUACUAUUGCAUAUGGAUGCUGAAUUUGGAUGCAAUAAUAGCCAGCUAUGUCUCUUAGUUUC